AAUAUGGUAGUUACACCACGUAAACGUGCAUCAAAAUCAGUGGAUAAAUCAGUUGGUCACUCUCUCGAAGAAACCGAAUUGGAAGAUGUUGAAGAUGAGGUAAACCAUUAUUCGAGAAGCAAUUGAAUAAAAGAACCUAUGCCUUUAUUGAAGCAAAGUGCAAUUUAAGACUACAUCUUCGUUGGUAUUCAGUUGGUCUCAUAUUUUUCAGCUUCAUUCCCAUAUACUACUCGAUAAUAGUUUGUCAGCCUCAGCAAUUCAAGAUCGAUGGAUUUGAGCUUAUAAAUCCGGUAUUCAAUAAACACCAUUCGACGAGAUCAUGCACAAGUGCCACUAAAUCACUACAGAAUGGUUUAAUUGCACUUUUCAUAUUUUACGCAUUGAAAAUCUACAAAAAAGUCUAUCUUAUCGUGCUUUAUAUAAUUCUUAUCAUCCAUUUUGGCUUUGAAAUAAGGAAUGCGAAAUCGGAAACUUCUAGGAAAUAUAUAGCAAUUUCUACCCGUGAAAUGUUCAUGUAUUAUGUUGAAUUGCUCCUACUCUAUUUUCAAAAUCUGCUGCUCCUUCCUUACAUCUGUGGUGGUUAUUUCUUAAUCAGACAUGUGCAUCGAAUCCCAUCAAAAGAAGAAGUCGAUCGUCAAACUCUGAAAUUCAAGGAAGAAGCUCGACGCAUUAAACGACUAAUGAUAGAAGAAGAUUGGCAUGUGAAGGAAGCGAAUGAAGAUGUAAAGAACAAAAUCGAACAGGAAGGAUUGAAAAGGAAAGAUAUGGAAUUUGAAGAGCAAUUGUAUCAUUUGAGAAUUGAAAAAGUGAAGAGAAGAGAACAAGUUUUGAAACAAAAACUGGAAGAAAAGAAGGCAAAGAGAAGACAAAAUGCGGAGAGAAGAAAGAAAAGAAGAGAAAUUGCAAUGGAACAAAGAGAACAAUAAUUUUAGUUUUAUUAUUUAUUUUUAAAUUCAUAUAAACUUUAUUUUAAA